AUGGGAGAGCUUUCUCCCUUUGUAGCGGGUUCUUGGAUACCAGUUCUAAUAAUGAAUCCUAAAGACUUUUCAAUUGAAGUGACCAUGAGUUCUGCUUUCGCCAAGGCUACUUUACUUUCACUUUACUUUCACUUUCGUCUUCUGAUAACAAAUUUUAUAUCUCAAGUUACUCCACAAAACUUCCACUACUUCUGUGAUCAAGAUAACGAUACAGGAGUCUAUACAGCCAACAGCACCUACCACACCAACCUCGACACCCUUUUGUCCACUCUCGUUUCCAAUACAGAAAUCCAUUACGGUUUCUACAAUUUCACAAACGGCGAAAACACUAGUAAAGUGUACGCCAUUGGGGUGUGUAGAGGAGAUGUUGAGCCAGAGAACUGCCGCACAUGCCUCAACGGUUCCAGGACCAAUCUCACUGAACUUUGUCCAAACCGAAAGGAAGCAAUUGGUUGGUACGAGGAUGAGAAGUGUAUGUUGCGCUACUCAGACCGCAAUAUAUUCGGACUUAAGGAAACUGGACCUGCUUUUCAAGCUAGCAACGACAGAAAUGCAUCGGAUUUGGAUGAGUUCAUUAAAGAUGUCAAAACCUUGCUACGUAACCUAAGCCGCGUAGCUGCAUUAGGUGACUCUCGUGUUAAGUAUGCUGCAGGUGGUACAUCAUCAGAUUCUAAGGUCAUAUAUGGUCUAGUUCAGUGCACACCGGACUUGGGAAACUCAGAGUGCGCUGAUUGCUUGUCUCAGUCCAUUGAACCUCUCCCGAUAGAUUGUUCUGAAGGCAAGAUAAGUGGAAGGGUUGUUAGACCAAGUUGUAAUAUUAGGUUCGAAACCGAGAAGUUCUAUGGAGAUCCAGCAUUUGUAUCACCAGCUUCUACGGGAAAGAUAAUCGCAAUUAUCAUAGCAGUGUCAGUUGUUGUAAUUGUUUCCGCGGUGCUUACUUUUAUGUACAUUCGUUUAAACGGGAGGAACUCAUGGAUAACUUUGGAAUCUCUACUAGAAAGACUACAUGAUGAUGAUAAUGAUGGAAUUGACGCUUCUGAGCCAUUGGCAAUCAGAUUUAACAUGAUACGAGAUGCUACAAAUGACUUUUCUGAUUCUAAUAAACUCGGACAGGGUGGAUUUGGGACUGUUUACAGGGGUACGCUACCCAAUGGACAAGAGGUUGCCGUCAAAAGGUAUUCAGCUACUUCUAGACAAGGAGAUGCAGAAUUCAAGAAUGAGGUGCUUUUAUUGGCCAAACUUCAGCACCGAAAUUUAGUUAGACUACUUGGUUUCUGUAUGGGAGGAACAGAAAAGCUACUUGUCUACGAAUUUGUUCCAAAUAAAAGCCUUGAUUACUUCUUAUUUGAGGCAGAUGAAACCAAGAGAGCCCAAUUAGAUUGGGAUAGGCGCUUCAAAAUCAUUGCAGGUACUGCUCGAGGUAUUCUCUACCUCCAUCAAGAUUCUCGAUUGCGCAUUAUCCAUCGUGACCUCAAAGCUUCUAACAUUCUCUUAGACGAAGAGAUGAACCCUAAGAUAGCAGAUUUUGGCGUGGCAAGGUUAUCUCUUGUGGACCAAACUCAAGAUACACAGAGAGUUAUUGGGACAUAUGGAUAUAUGGCACCUGAGUAUGCACUGUGUGGAAAGUUUUCAGAGAAGUCAGAUGUUUUUAGCUUUGGUGUAUUGAUGCUUGAGAUUGUAAGUGGUAAGAAACUCCUUAGCAUUCAAGAAGGAGAGGAAACGGGAUAUAUAUGCCAUUUUGCAUGGCGAAGAUGGAGUGAAGGAAGAGCAAGAGAUAUUGUAGAUCCUGCAUUAAACAAUGGUUCAGAAAAUGAAAUAAUGAGAUGCAUCCAUAUUGGGUUACUGUGUGUUCAAGACAUUGCAGCUGCGAGACCCACCAUGGCUUCCGUUGUAGCCAUGCUGAAUAGCCAUUCUUUCCGUCUGCAGGUACCUACGGCACCUGCAUAUGGGAAUGCUCUUUCUGGAAUCUUUGCAGGCAUGCAGUUAUAUAAGGGAGAUUAAUUCAGGGACAAUAAGAUCAAAAGAAUCCACCAAUAGAUAAGAUCAUUCGCUCAAUGAGGCUUCAAUUACUGAGCCAUAUCCUCGCUAGAUCUUCAUCCCCUUAGUUUAUAUCUUGGGAUUAAGAAGAAUGCCAAAGCAAUGCUACUAAUUACAACAUUUGUUUAAUAGCUUAUGCAUCUUCGUUGCUUAUUGUCUGUAUAAGCUGCUGUUUAAUGUUUUUUUUAAGCCUUGA